AUGGCGGACGGAUACGAGAUGACGAGCCCUGACGACCAUGACUCUUCCGGCCGCAUUCGCAUCUGGGCAUUGUGGGUCGGCAAGCGCGACAAUACUGGACUGGCGACGGAAGCUACGGGCGACAUGUAG